AUGGACGCCAUUUCAAUGGACACAGCCGAGACAUUUGUGAAAGAAGUAAUGGCGACCCCCAGCAUAUCAACAAAAGCUGUGGUCCAUGAUGUAGAUCUGGGAGAAAAUAACAGAUUUAGAGAAAGAUUGUCGAGUAAUAAAAGGUCUGCUGACGAGGUUACAGAGAAUAAUAGUGAAGAUGAAUCAGCUAUGACUAAAAAGACGAGAUGCGGACCUACAUAUUCUAACAAAAGUGAAAGCCCAGUAAGUAACAUCAAUUAUAUUGAAACUGGUGAAAUAUUGUCCGCCAUCCAUAAUUUGGGUAAAAUGAUCAAUACAAGGAUAGACAAUCUUGAAGAUUCUCUUUCUGAUAGAAUUAAGGGCAUUGUUCAACAUGAGAUGUCUGAUAUGAAAGCUGAUAUUGAUAGUGAAAUUUCCGAAUUAGAAACGAAGAUUUUGAAACUUGAAAACGAAAAGCUUGAAAGUGAUAGAACAUUAACUCAUUAUGUACAAGAGUAG